CGUCGUCGCGCGGCUGCGUUUGGCGCGCAGUGGCCGCAUCCGCAGGAGCGUCUGUGGCCCUUUUUCUCUCCGUGGCGCCGCCUCCUCGCUCUCUUUCUUCCCGCCGGGAUGUCGGCGUCGGGGCCCGGGGGGCUGGGCCCCGUGGCUCAAGGGCUAAAAGAGGCGCUGGUGGAGACUCUGAACGGCAUCCUGUGCCCGGUGCAGGGAGUGCGCGCCGCGGCCGAGGAGCAAGUGAAGGUGCUGGAGGUGACGGAAGAAUUUGGCGUUCACUUGGCAGAAUUGACUGUAGAUCCUGAAGGAGCAUUGGCAAUACGUCAGUUGGCAUCUGUGAUUUUGAAACAGUAUGUGGAAACGCACUGGUGUUCCCAGUCAGAUAAAUUUAGACCUCCUGAGACAACAGAAAGGGCAAAAGCUGCUAUUAGAGAACUGCUUCCCAAUGGGUUGAGAGAAUCAAUCAGCAAAGUGCGUUCAAGUGUUGCCUAUGCAGUUUCUGCAAUAGCUCAUUGGGAUUGGCCUGAAGCUUGGCCCGAGCUUUUCAAUCUAUUGAUGGAAAUGCUAGUCAGUGGGGACCUGAAUGCAGUACAUGGAGCUAUGAGAGUGCUUACAGAGUUCACGCGGGAGGUGACAGACACACAGAUGCCCCUUGUUGCUCCAGUUAUUCUACCUGAAAUGUACAAGAUUUUUACAAUGGCAGAGGUGUAUGGUAUUCGUACAAGAUCACGUGCUGUAGAAAUUUUCACCACUUGCGCCCAUAUGAUCUGCACCAUGGAGGAGUUGGAAAAAGGGGCAGCCAAAAUUCUGAUUUUCCCUGUGGUGCAGCAAUUCACUGAAGCCUUUGUGCAGGCCCUGCAAAUGCCUGAUGGUCCUACAUCAGAUAGUGGUCUUAAAAUGGAGGUUUUAAAGGCAGUGACAGCCUUAGUGAAGAACUAUCCAAGGCACAUGAUUUCUUCCAUGCAGCAGAUUCUUCCCAUUGUUUGGAAUACACUUACAGAAAGUGCAGCCUUCUAUGUGAGAACAGAAGUAAAUUACACAGAAGAAGUUGAGGACCCAGUGGAUUCUGAUGGUGAAGUUUUGGGAUUUGAAAACCUAGUGUUCAGCAUAUUUGAGUUUGUUCAUGCUCUAUUGGAAAACCACAAGUUUAAAAGUACAGUGAAGAAGGCUUUGCCAGAGCUAAUAUAUUACGUCAUUCUCUAUAUGCAGAUCACAGAGGAACAGAUAAAAGUCUGGACUGCAAAUCCACAACAAUUUGUUGAAGAUGAAGAUGAUGAUACUUUUUCCUACACAGUUAGAAUUGCUGCUCAGGAUUUACUGCUGGCUGUAGCAGCUGAUUUCCAAAACGAGAGUGCAACUGCUUUGGCUGCAGCAGCAACAAGACACUUGCAGGAAGCUGAACAAGCGAAAAACAGUGGUGCUGAACAUUGGUGGAAAAUACAUGAAGCUUGCAUGCUGGCUUUAGGUUCAGUCAAAUCUCUUAUCACAGACAGUGUGAAGAAUGGCAGGAUACACUUUGACAUGCAUGGAUUUCUAACAAAUGUUGUUCUUGCAGACCUCAAUCUGUCAGUGUCACCUUUUCUGCUUGGCCGUGCUCUUUGGGCUGCCAGUCGCUUCACAGUUGCAAUGUCCCCAGAGCUCAUCCAGCAAUUUCUACAAGCUACAGUUAGUGGUCUUCAUGAAACCCAACCACCUUCUGUCCGAAUUUCUGCAGUAAGGGCUAUUUGGGGUUACUGUGAUCAACUGAAAAUCUCUGAAAGCACCCAUGUCUUACAGCCUUUCCUUCCUAGUAUCCUUGAUGGACUCAUCCAUUUAGCAGCUCAGUUUAGUUCAGAGGUUCUUAAUCUUGUGAUGGAAACACUUUGCAUCGUCUGCACAGUUGACCCAGCCUUUACAGCAAGUGUAGAGAACAAGAUUUGUCCCUUCACAAUUGCAAUAUUUCUCAAAUAUAGUAAUGACCCUGUUGUUGCCUCUCUUGCUCAAGAUAUCUUUAAGGAACUAGCACAAAUACAGGCUUGCCAAGAUGCAAUGCAAAUGAGAUUGAUCCCAACUCUUGUCAGUAUUAUGCAGGCUCCUGCUGAUAAGAUUCCAGCAGGACUUUGUGCAACUUCUAUAGACAUUUUAACAACAGUUGUGAGAAAUACUAAGCCUCCUCUUUCAGAGCUCUUAAUAUGCCAGGGUUUCCCCGCUGUGGCUCAGUGUAGCCUUCAUACUGAUGACCAUGCUACUAUGCAGAAUGGUGGGGAGUGUCUACGCGCAUACAUCUCAGUAGCUCUGGAGCAGAUCGCACAGUGGCAUGAUGAACAAGGCCACAAUGGACUGUGGUAUGUGAUGCAGGUGGUGAGCCAACUUCUGGAUCCACGCACCUCGGAGUUUACAGCUGCCUUUGUAGGCAGAUUAGUUUCUACGUUGAUUUCUAAAGCAGGAAGUGAAUUAGGAGAGAAUUUAGACCAGAUUCUAAGAGCAAUUCUUAGUAAAAUGCAGCAAGCGGAAACACUUACUGUAAUGCAGUCUUUGAUCAUGGUAUUUGCUCACCUGGUUCAUUCUCAGCUGGAACCACUACUAGAAUUCCUUUGCAGCCUACCUGGACCAACAGGCAAACCUGCUUUAGAGUUUGUAAUGUCAGAGUGGAUGAGUCGGCAACACUUGUUUUAUGGACAAUAUGAAGGCAAGGUCAGCUCUGUAGCCCUGUGUAAACUCCUCCAGUAUGGUAUCAAUUCAGAUGACAAACGUCUUCAGGAUAUAAGAGUAAAAGGGGAGGAAAUAUUUAAUAUGGAAGAAGGAAUACGCACACGAUCAAAAGCAGCUAAAAAUCCUGAACGUUGGACAAACAUUCCAUUGCUAGUUAAAAUCUUAAAGCUAAUAAUAAAUGAACUUUCUAAUGCAAUGGAGGCAAAUGCUACUCGACAAACGGCUGCAGAAUGGAACCAAGAGGAAUCUACUAUGUGGGAAGAUCAAGAAGAGGAGGAAGAUGAGGAAGAUGAAGGGUUAGCAGGACAGCUGUUGUCAGAUAUUCUUGCUACAAACAAGUAUGAUGAAGAUUAUUAUGAAGAUGAGGAUGAGGAUGAUCCUGAUGCACUGAAAGAUCCUCUUUAUCAAAUAGACCUACAGGCUUAUCUUACAGACUUCUUAUGUCAAUUUGCACAGCAGCCUUGCUAUGCAAUGUUCUCAGACCAUCUCAAUGACAAUGAAAGAAGGGUUCUUCAAACCAUUGGCAUAUAAUUGACAUAUCAUAUCUGGACCUUCAUUUUGUGGUUUAUUUCAUGUUUUGUGACUUAAACCUGAAGCAUUUCUAAUUAUUCAUCAGAUACUACAAACGUUUUUACUGCUCCUAAGAUGUAGGGGGUAAGAGAGCAACAAAGAAAUGUGCGUAGAGUUUUCAUACUGGAUUCGCACAAUGGGAACACUAUUCAGAUCAACUUUCCAGAAGAUGAUUAAAAUAAUGUGCCCUGCAGCCACUUUUCUUUCCUCCACUGAAAAGGCAUGUCACUGACUUUUCACAGCACAGUGUAUGGAAUGAGAAAGUUGUGGUUGUUUGUUUGGAUGUUUAUAUAAAUUGGGAAUUUUCCCCACUUCGCACUUAACAUUACACAGGGUAAAUUAUAUUGACGUACAUAUGACAUCUUUUAAAAAUAAACUUGAAUGAAAUAGAAUCUACGUGCAGUACAAGCAUUUGGAUUACAACUUGCAAAAAUUAUAUUAUGCUAAACCUCUAUUUGCAGAUGGAGGUUAAUGGAUUUCACCUAGGCUCCUUUACUAAAACUGUUAUGCACCCAUACUAAACAGACAAGCUACAUAAAGAAGCCUCCGUUCCUGUGGUUGCUGAUAACUGGUUUUCCAACCAAAUCUUUUUAUAUGAAAUUCUGAUUGUAUUUCAUUUGUCUGUUUUCUUCAUAAAUGCAGUUCAGAAACUUUUAGCAGAUACUUUUAGCUUUCUACACAGACAAGAAAUAUAUAAACAGCAUAAACCCACAAAUCAGUAUUUGUAUUUUAUAGAGCAGUACAUUGAAAUUUACUGGCUGGCAUGCAAGUAAGUACAAUGAUGCAUUUCACAAACACCUCUUUGCCUUUUUCUCCCUUUUUGGGAAAACUGAAUAAAAACUAUUCAAACAUACAUUGGUAUCUUUCUUUUUAAAAGAGAGGAGACAGUGUAUCUUUUGGGAAUCUCUUAUAAAUACUAAAUAUGUUCCUUUAACACUGAGAGGCUCCAUUUUCUCUGGACUGGAAGAAAUGUCUAUAUAUUCAGAUUGUUUUCUGAGUUUGGGUGAUUACUUCUUUUUCUUGGAUAAUGUGUAGCACCUACAUCAAUUUACUUCUGUGCUUUGGAUUGUUGAAGGCACAAAGUAACCAUUCUAAAACUCAAGUUGCAUUUGAAUAUAAUGAAUGUUCUUGCAAAUGAAAGGAUCUGACUAUGUACCUUUGGUGCCUGGUAUUCCUGUCCCUUUCAAACUGUGAAAGUAUUUCAAUUUUUUUUAUCUUGUGAGGGAAGUAAGUGAUUUUACAUAGUUUGUGUUACAUGUCAAAGCAACAUAGAUGUGUCUUAAAAAAUCAGAUAUGCAAAAUUAAAGAGCUCACAAUUCACCAAAUGUAAACAUGCAAUAGAGACAUUUCACACAUGUUGCAACUAAAGGUAUGUUGGAUUAGAUGCUCCAUGUAGUGGGAUGGCUGGUUGUUCUGAGCACUGCUUUGCAUGUACUGUAAACAUCUAAAGGUUAAUACCAUGUUAAUACCAAAAGCUCAUGAGUCAUUCUAGUUUGAGGACAACUAGGAGUUUUAAUAGUCCUUUACUUUAACAGCUGAUAUUUGUUUCAGCCCUGAAUUCUGUAGACCUGGGCUGCAAAUUUAUAGAAGAGUACAAAAAUAAAAAGAAUAGUACAGUGUGAAAAAAGUGUGUGUGUGUGUUGGGGGGGGGGGGGUGUAGAAAAACUAAAAUAAAGGAGACUUGCUGUGAGGAGCCACUAUGUAUUUUCUUUCCCCUCACCUGUUCAGUUGCAGGAGAUAUAUUUAGGUCACAUACUUUUCAAGCUUUUUGUAUGUACUAUAUGCAGAGUGCAUUUCUCUCAACUGCAGUUGUGAUUUUCCAUAUUUGCUUUUUAAUAAUUUAUAAAUAUUAGGCUUAUACUUGAGUUGAAACAUUAGGGACUAAUAUUUGGGGAAAUGGGGUGGGCUACAAAUAAGGUUACUAUUAUUAAGUAUUGAGAUUGACCCCUUGAUUACAUAGAUUAAUGUGCAUUCGCCAGUCUCAAUGGAACUACGUUCUGACUUUGUUGCUGAGAAUUGGGGAAAUUAUUUAAGGGGGUUCCCUUUAAGUAAUUUUCAAUUCCAUCCAAAUGCAAGUUAACAUUGUUUAUUGUUUUUUGUGUGGUAAAGUAAACCAGCCUUGUUUCCCUACCACUGAGUUCAUACAAUUGUUAUUUUAAGGCCUGCUACCAUUGUGCAACAUCAAUUAAAUGCUUACUGCAUGAAACCUAGAGUAACUUAGGUGCUCCCCAAAGUGCCAUGAUUAUUCAUCUCGUAGAGGACUGCAAAACAGUUAUUUAAUGUCUUCCUUUCUGCAUAUUUUUUCAUGGACAAAAAAGCCAAGAAGACAGCAUUGGACCAAAAUUGACAAGUUGUCCAUUCUACUGCAAGUAACCCAAUGUAGUUUCUAGCACUCCAUGAUUUUAGCGCUCUUAGGAAAUUAUUGAUUAGAUUCAUGAUUGUUCUCAAGUUCAUUGUAUCCCACAUUUUCUUGUGAAGGUAGCUAUCUUUUAAAUGUCUUUGUGUGUGUAUAUAUAUAUAUAUAUAUAUAUAUAUAUAUAUAUAUAUAUAUAUAUAUAUAUAUAUAUAUUAUUUGAUAUACAUAAGAAUCUAGUGCGAAGGAAGCAUUCCUAUUAUAUCUGUUACAAAUCAAUAGCUAAAUUUUGGGGUAGUGGGUAACAAUACUUGAUGGAGUUCAUAGUCCAUGUGGACCUUGGAAUAUUUUAUAGAAAUAAUGAUGUGAUAUGCUGGCAUCAAUUGUUGUUGAAAAGGACACGGACAAAUAUCUAUGACAUAUUGCAACUUAUAAAGUGCGUUUCUAUUGUCUUGCCAAAAAAUGUUUGGGUGAAUUCUUAAAAUAGAUGCCUUAAUAGGUUUUUGUGUAAAUGGUUAGUGAAAACCACAGCCUGUGAUACAAUGCAUUUUAAAGACCAAGUAUUAAACUUUUUUUCAUUUAAAUAGAUUCCCCUUCCAUUUCUUUCUUUUCUUCAGAAUUUCUAAUGUAAUUUGUGUUUCUCAUAAGAUAAUUGUAAAAACCAUAACUUAUCCUGUGUUUGAAAUGCAUAAGAUAAAGUGCACACUCAGGAGUUUAUAGCUCAGGAUGGCAUGUUAAAAGCUUAUUUAGGGUAGUAGAAAUAACUUUUAUCCCUGCCCUGUUUUAUAGCUUAUUAAUAUCAGAAUGAACUUUGCAUACUGAAGAAAAGACAGAAGAGUACCUCACAUUUUUAUUACUACUUAUAUGCCUGUUACUUUAAUCCCUAUGCCAAAUCUUGAUUAAGGAAAAUAGAAGUUUCAUUUUUAAUGGAUUACUCUUUUUAGAGAAUUGUCGGAACUUCAUACUAAUGAGAAAGAGAUUAAAUGCAAUUCUAGAAUCUGAAUAAUAGCUAUCUAUAAAUAUUGUUUGUGUCUUCUGUGUACAUAAAACUUAAUAAACACUGCAAGUGAA